CUCUUUCUCUCUCUCUCUCUCUCUCCUUCCCCCUCCGAGCCCCCACAUUCAUUCAUCAGGACCAAUUUUCAUUCAGCCCACGCAUCAAGACUGCAUUCAAAAAGAUGCGAGAAGCGAAGCAGAGAUGUAGAGGAGCCAAACGGAGCCGGGAUCCGAAAAAGAACGCGUGUUUGUGAACCGGAUUGAAGAAAGGAUUAUAAGAGUUCCUCCAUCCUCCUCCUGGCAUUUUCUUCACUGUGAAUUUAAAGAGCUGCGAUGGCCCUGGGCAGAUGUUGCAGAGGUUUCAGCAGAGCUUUCUUUAGCUGCUGUCGGGAGACGCACAGGGACAAUGAGAGCAAGUGCUCAACCUGCUGGUGCGUAAUGGUCACUGUUAUGGCCUUAAUUUCCGUCUGCUGGCUUUACAUUUGGCUGGUCAUCUUCAACGACCGAGAUGAUUUUAAUACGCUGUUAUUCUCCCUUCUUCACAAGCAUAUGAACUAUUUCAUGGUGGCCAUGAUCAUUUUUGCCCUGUUUGCCAGCUACUGCCUUCUGCUGCUGCUUUUUGCACUGGUCCAAGUUGUCUUACGAGAAAAUCUUGACUUACACUGGAUCCACAAGGCUUUGAUAUGUGUCGGAGUGGUGCUCAUCGUUGCUAUGAUUGUAGUAAUGACCCUUAAACAGCCAGAAGAAUGGCAUAUUGUUCCUCUGUCACUCCAGUACACGGCUCCUUUCUUACAAUUCGGUGCUGUUGGAGCCUUGACCCUGCUGAGCUGGUUGGUCUUCCGGACCUUCAACCAGGUCCAGGAAAAAUCAAAGUUCCUGAUUGCAGCAUCAUUCCUUAUUUUGUCGGCAUUCAUCUACCUGAGUCCCCUGCUCAUCCACUCACCCUGUUUGAUCGACAUAAAGGAAUUAAAUUUAACUAAACCAGACCUCUGGGGCCACAGAGGAGCACCAAUGCUGGCCCCAGAGAACACCAUGAUGUCCUUUGAAAGGAGUGCAACAGAGUGCAACGUAAAAGUAUUUGAGACUGAUGUGCAGCUCAGCAAAGACAGAAUUCCCUUUCUGAUGCACGACCAUGAGGGCGAAUUCCUCAAAAGAACAACAAAUGUGACACAAAAGAUUUCUUAUGGCAAUGAGGUGGACAUGAGCACGCUUAAGUCUCUAAAUGCAGGGAAAUGGUUCAUAGAGAACGAUCCUUUUCAAACUGUUCACCUGCUCACCAAAAGCCAGAGAGAGACAGCUGACAGUCAGACUAUUCCUGAACUGAAGGAUCUUCUAGACCUCGCCAAACAGCACAAUAUUUCCAUUAUAUUUGACUUGUAUCGUCCCGAAAACUGUAGUAAAACUAAUGACACUGAGGACACUGUGAAAGAGAUCUUGGAUUCAGGAAUCAACCACGAAUUGAUCUACUGGCUUCCACCACAAAACAGAGAAUAUGUGAUGAAGACUUCAAACUUCAUCCAGGUGUACAACAAUACAAAAGAGAUGUCUGCACAAAAUAGAGCUCACCUUAAUGUUAAAUACAGUGACCUGCCUGCAGAUGAAAUCAGGAACUUUCGAAAAAACGGCACUAAAGUGAACAUGUAUGUGGUCAAUGAGCGCUGGAUGUUCUCUCUGCUGUGGUGUGCAGGAGUCAGUUCAGUCACUACUAACAACUGCCAGGUGUUUAGCAAAAUGGAGCAGCCUGACUGGACCAUGGCACCUUCUGUUUAUAGAACAUUAUGGAUUUCAGUAGAUGCUGCAUCCAUUUUGAUAAUGAUUGCUGUCUUUGUCUAUCACCGGAAAACCAAACGUUCCCAUCACAGAGAAGAAUCAACACUUUUGAUGGGCUUGAAUUGCUCCUUUAGUUUGAACUUGACAGGCAUCAGAAGACCUAAAGCCAUCUUGGAUCCAUUUCUGGGUCACCACAGCAGCUAAACGCUUCAUCAGGUCUAAAGAAAGAAAUAAAAUGUCAUCCCCACACAUUUUUGUAUUAAGCUGUGAAAAAGGAAAUAAUUUUUUACUGAUUUUUAAAAAAGAUUUUAUUCACAUAUCAUUAAUAUGCCACUGGAUGGUGUUUGGUUGCAAGAGUUUUUACGUUUAAAGGUUUAUCUUUUUGCUAAAUAAAAUACAGUGCCUUUGACCUUCUGAUUGUAUUAAGAUCUGAACUGCUUUCUCUUUGCACUAUAUUUUUGUACAAUUUAAGGAAAGCUACAAAUAAGCCUGAAAUGUUUCAUAACCCCGGUGGAUUUAGAGUAAAAAUUUUUCCAAGUCCAAGUUGUCAGAUUUCCUAUCAGAUUCAAGACGAGACUCUGGCUGGGUUACUCUAAAACACUAUUAUUAAUGCCAGUCAAAAAAAUCAUAUUGGUAAAAUUAAAACAACUUUAAACAUAAAUCUGCCAUGAGUAUGAAUCAUUUUAAGCUAAACUACAGCUACACUACACCAUGGAAACAUAUCUGUAACCUGAGCCAAAUUAACCAGAAUGUUUGUUGUUAUUUUGUGUGUGUGCUGCUGUUUGAGUUGUAUUCUGUGUGUAAUCCCAACACUUUAUUCUCAGGGAAUAAACAACACCCCAAAUUUGAUCCAUUUUAUGAGUUAAAAAGAAAGUAUGAAAAUUACAGAACUGUCAAAAUUUCUCCAAUAUGGAUUACUUUUGGAUCCAACAUUUACCAGAUUUUUGUGACAUAGAAAACUGACGAUAAAAUAUUUCAAAUGUUUUUCCAUUUUUCAAUGUGGCAUGUCUUGUGUAAAAUCCAGUAA